CUUGACAGCGGGGAGAGGCGGAGCUUCAACCGCUACUUUACUUAUCGUGCCACAUCAACACAACAGAGCCGGCGCGUUCACAGUGAUUGCAGUACAAACAGUGACAGGCCCAGCGGCCAUGGCUAAAGACCCAUUAGCUGAGGCAGGUUUCUAUUUUGAUGAGCUCAACAAACUGCGGGUUCUGGAUCCUGAUGUCAGCCAGAAGACAUCCGAGCUGAAGGAGGAGUGCAAAGAAUUUGUGGACAAGAUUGGCCAGUUUCAGAAGAUUGUAGGUGGUCUGAUCGAGCUGGUGGAUGAAUUGGCAAAAGAAGCAGAGACAGAAAAGAUGAAGGCAAUUGGAGCCCGGAAUCUACUGAAGUCGGUAGAAAAACAAAGAGAAGCCCAGCAGCAGCAGCUUCAGGCCCUCAUAGCCGAGAAGAAGAUGCAGCUGGAGAGAUAUCGCAUCGAGUACGAAGCCCUGUCCAAAGUGGAGUCAGAGCAAAACGAGUUCAUCGACCAGUUCAUUCUGCAGAAGUGAGGAGCCGACAGCGACGCUUCUUUCCAGAGUGCCUGUACUGGGCGACUCCCGCUGUAGAGUCGCUCCUGCUGCAGCUUCUUCUCCCAAGUAAUUCCAAGCUCCGGCGUCAUCAGAAAACAUCCUCCCGCUGCAGCUGGGAGGAUUUACCGUGUCGAGAGGAAAGCCUGAAAGCAUUCGGAAACCUCACGUUUACACCAAAUGCUUCAGCAACAUGAGAGCAACUUUAAAGAAGAUGGAGCUAUUUAUAUAAAGGAAGAUUAUUUAUACUAUUUAUACUGAAUAAUUGGUCUGUAUAUCUAGUUUUGUUACUUUUCUAUCAGCUGGAAUUAAAACUGCAUGUGCAUGAAGUUGUAAAUAAGUUUGAGCUGAAAAAGAAGUCAUGUUGUGUUCAUUCCAUCCUUCUGGUGCAGCCAGUCUGGACACGACAGAAGAAACAUUUUCCUCUUUUCCCGUUUAUCUUCUGUUGUCUUCAGAUUUAUUCAUUUAUAAAAGACACAGCUGUUUAUACUUGAAUACUGUUUUUAUCAUAAAUAUGUUUUUCCUAUGAAGAGGUUGGUAGAUGAGCACAUGUCAAACAUUGUGCUUUCAAGUAUUGUUUUAAUAAAGAUGACUUAAUGUCCA